GCAAAGCGGAAGUGGCCGUGUUUGUAUGCCGGUGGAGGCCGGAAGAGGAGGAUGGUGGCUGAGGGAUGCUGAGAAAGGAGAAGGGAGAAGUUCUGCUGAUUCACUGUUCCUGGUUGCCAACAAAAAAAAGAAGAAGAUUCAGCUUGACAAGGAGAUUCUCAUUUCAUCUUUUGCUGAGCAUCUCUCCUCGUAAUUCCUUGCUCUUUGCUAAGCCAAAAAAAUGCACUGAAUUCCCACAAGAAUAAGUAGCUUCUGAUCUUCAACAAUGGAUGAGGAGAGUUUGGAAACAGCCAUCCAGACCUAUAAUGCUCAGCUGCAGCAAGUGGAGCUGGCCCUGGGAGCCGGGCUAGAUCCGACGCAACAGGCAGAUCUCAUACAGCUGCAGACAGAUUUGAAGCAGCUGAUAGAACUGACAGAAUCCAGCCUUGUGUCCAUGAAAAAGAGCAAACUCUUUUCAGGCCUGGACUCGGAGACGUCGUCAGUCUCUCCAUCCACUCACCAGCCGCAAAAUAGCCGUGAGCCAGGUAAAGACAGCAAUGAUGAUGAAUAUGCAGCAUUCAAGGAAGCCAUUGCAGAAAUUGGUGGUGAGGAUGGACCCUCAAGCACUUGUAAUGAAGAGGGUGAUGAAGAAGAGGAGGAGGAGGAGGAAGAAGAAGCCAGUGGAAUGAAAGUGAAAGCUCCAUACUACAGUUCUUGGGGCACCCUUGAAUACCACAAUGCCAUGAUUGUGGGGAGUGAAUGUUUGGAAGACGGGACCCCAGGAGUCAGAGUUCUCUACCUCUAUCCCACCCAUAAGUCCUUGAAGCCUUGCCCCUUCUUCUUGGAUGAUAAAUGUCGGUUUAAAGAGAAUUGCCGGUUUUCUCAUGGGCAGGUGGUUCCUGUGGAGGAGCUGCGCCCUUUUGAGGAGCCUGACCUCAGCUCCUUGGCCGUGGGCUCAUCCUGCCUGGCCAGGCAUCAGGAUGGGAUCUGGUAUGCUGCUAAAAUCACAGACAUUGACAGCGGUUACUACACAGUUAAGUUUGACUCCCUGCUCCUGAAGGAGGCUGUGGUGGAGGGCGACGGGGUGCUGCCUCCACUGCGCGAAGAGGAAAGCUCUUCCUCAUCUGAGUCGGACAGCGAUAACGUUGAUGAUGCUGCUUACGCUAGAGUCAUUGAUUCCGGGGCCCCGGAGACCACAGAAGGACCCUCCACUUGCAGUUCCGCCUUUGGCAGCUGGGAAGCACACACUCGUGGCAUUGGCUCCAAACUGCUUGCUCAGAUGGGAUACGAAUUGGGAAAAGGUUUGGGGAAAAAUUCGGAGGGUCGAGUGGAGCCCGUCUUGGCCGUCGUGUUGCCGAAAGGCAAAUCCUUGGACCAAUGUGCCGAGAUCCUCCAGAAGAAGAGAGAGGGGAAGCUUGACCCGGUCAAGUCCAAAAAGCGGCGGGCAAAAGGCAACCGGGCGCCCCGUCCCUGCGGGCAGAGUCCCAAGCCCCGGAACGUGUUCGACUUUCUGAACGAGAAGCUUCAGGGCAAAGACUCCGGUCAGGAAGAGGGAGGGUUGGCGCCGUUGGAGAGGAACAGCAAGGAGAUCUACCACGCCAGCAAGAGCACCAAGAAGGCCCUCAGCGUCCGCCUCUUGCAGACGGUGGAAAAAAUAGACCAGACCCAGAAGGAGAUCCGAGGGAUCCAGGAGGCUCUGGCACGCAACGUUGGGAGGCACAGCAUUGCUACGGCUCAGCUGGAAGAGAAGAUGGCCGGGGCCCACCGGAAAUUGGGCGAACUCCGGGCCCAAGAAGCCACUCUCCAACGGGAGCAGAAGAAGGCCGACACACACAAGAAAAUGACCGAAUUUUAGCCUUCCUUACAUGAGACCCGUUUAAUGGCUGCGUGCUGUUUCUGGGUGGACCAAACCCUUUUCUUUUAACCAGCCCCUCUUUUUGGGGUCAACCUCAGAAGUUGGUUGGGUGUGUAAAGGUGGACCUAUGGAUUGUGGACUUUACGUGGAGUGACCAGGAGAUGCCACCGAGAGGCAGAGAAGCUUCCUUGGACCUGGGAAUUCUAGCACAGCCUUUUGUCUCUGGCACAGUUCUUCCAUAGUUGUGUGGCGGUAGAUAUUCCAGGCAUGGGCAAACUUGGGCCCUCCAAGUGUUUUGGACUUCAACUCCCAC